CGCUGGACGAAUUGGCUGGUCAUUCUCGACUGUGCUGCUUAAAAAAGCAAGGCCGCCUGAUGCACAGACUCGACUCGUGAGGAUCAAAUUGAACAUGGAAGGCGCUCCUUUUGUGCUGCCAUUGAGUUUGACAACAGAGUUUGGCCCCGGCUGCUGGGAUUUGGCACCCGCCUGGGCGAGCGAAACGCUCGAUAAGAUAAGGAGCGGCAGAAAUUCAAAAUUCUCCCAGUACCAUUUCUCGAUCGCGACCGCAGCCAACUUCACCAGCCCAGCCAGCCGCCUCGUAACCAGCAGGCCGAGACGGCCUCAAUUGCGACCAACCUUGAACACACGCUCUCUCCUCGCCAAACACCAAACGGCCAAAGAUGCCGUCGUUCCAGAAACUCGGCCAGCGGCCGACCCACAAAGAGCGCGCGCAGCCGCUCGAGAGGCAGAAGCUGGGCCUCCUCGAGAAGCACAAGGACUACAGCCUGCGCGCCAAGGACUUCAACAAGAAGAAGGCCUACCUCAAGACGCUACGCCAAAAGGCGGCCGACCGCAACGAGGAUGAGUUCUACCACAAGAUGCUGUCGCGGCGCGGGCCCGGCGGCGCCCUGACGCGGGGCGCCAAGGGCCGCAACUUCACGGGCGCCGUCGACGGCGACAGGGGGAACCGCGCCCUGCCCGUCGACGCCGUCCGCAUCCUCAAGACCCAGGACCUGGGCUACGUCCGCACCGUGCGCAGCGUCCUGGCCAAGGAGGUCCGCCAGCUCGAGGAGAAGGCCGCCGUAGCCGCCUCGUUUGCGAAGCUGGGCGGCGCCGAGGACGAGGAGGAAGACAAUGAGGAGGAGGGGGAGGACGACGACGACGACGACAGUGGGCCAAGACCUUCCAAGAGGAGGAAACCUAGCAGAGUGGUCUUCUCGGCCGACACUCACGAGAGGGACCUGGCCAUGGGCGAGGGGGAUGACCUGGAAGACGCAGAUGAAGGCUUUGAGGGGUUUGGAGGCGACGGCGGCGAUGAUUCCAAAGGCUCCAAUCCCGAGGCCCACAUCAAGGCCGAGAGGGCGACGAAGCUACGACGCAAGCUCCGGGCCGCCAAGCAGAGGCUAAAGGCGCUGGCCGAUGCCGAGGACCAGCUUGAGAUCCAGCGGAUACGCAUGGCCAAGAAGGCCACGACGGGCGCGAUUACCAAGUCGGGCAAGAAGGUAAAGAUACGGGAGCGCAAGAGGUAGCAAGUUGUUUUGGUGAAUAAACUCUGCGAAUGGUGUGGCACCGACAAGGGAAUGAACCAAGAUACGCCUGUAUAAUUACGACCCCCGCUGUGUUCGAUACCAUGGAUGCCAAAAAGCCGAAAAUGAACCAAGGGAUGGCGUUCCCUCGGGCAUGUAAGGAAAAUAUGAGAACAGGAAGAAGAAAAAGGACAUGAAAAGAUGAUGAGUAACAAGAUACCAGAAAAAAAAAGGAGAACCCAGGAAAGAUCAAGAAAUACAUGGAAAACCCAGUCCUGCUAUUCGUCACCCAGUGACAAUUCGAUAACCCCGGUAACCCCC